UAAACAAACCAUGUCACGCAAAAAAACAGUGACACAGUUUGCUAGCUAACGUUAGCUAAUAGCCGCCUUUGCCAAAUAACCGAAAAUGAAGACGGUAUACCCUUAACAAGAAGCAACGAAGAGUGUCAGACAGUAUACCAGUAGUUAUGUAGGUAGUUAGCCAGAGUAGCAGUCAUUUUGCUAGGUAAGCUAGCGCUUGAACGGCAGUUCCAUGGCAUCCUCAGCGGGAAGCGAAGUCCGAGCCCUCGGCCCUAGCGAAGGGACUUUGGGAGCACUGCCCGGUGCUCGGCCACCACUUCGCUCGCACCACCUACACACCACAACCACCGCAGGUUCCCCUGGAUCACUGAUGGUGGAGUCGGUGGACGACGCGGAGGGUCUGUAUGUCGCAGUGGAGAGAUGUCCUCUCUGCAACACCGCCAGGCGCAGGCUGACUUGUGCCCGAUGCAUCCAGGCAGGGGAUUUCGUGUACUUCGACGGUAGAAACCCCGAACUAUACACUGAAAAAUUGACAAGACUUAAAAUGCUGACGGAGAAGAAAGAUCUUCUUGAACAGAGGGUCAUUACUGCCAUGGAUAAGAAGGUCCAGGCAGAUCAGCUGAAAUGGAAGAUGAUGUCAUGCAAGAUGAAGAUUGAGCAGCUGAAGGAGGCCAUUGGCUGUGGGAACGAAGAGGUGAAGAGUGGUAAGGACCUGCUGCUUCGCUCCCAGGAGGAGAGCCAGAGGCUGCAGCGGCGGGCCAGCCGCCACCAGGAGAAGAGGGACAAGAUCGAGAGACACAACCAGCGGCUGGGAGAACUGCUGGAGAAGAAGGGCAAGGAGCUGCAGGGUCGUCUGGAUCACCUGGCUGAGGUCCGCAAGGGACACAUCCUGGAGCUCACUGCUCACAUCUUCCCAACACAGGAGGAGAAGCAGGGCAGCAGGGACCCAGCAGACAUGUUGUCAGAGUGUGACCUGGCUCUGACCUCCAGCACGGUGAGUGAGCUGGCUGAGGCCCGUCGCACCACCUACCUGUCAGGGCGCUGGAUCUGGGACGACCAGAAUGGCGAAACCAGCAUUAGCAUCACCGGACCCAGGGUCAUGCUGCCUAGCAACGGGGACUGCUCCCCCUAUUACAGCUGGGUGGAAGACAAGAGCACCAAUGAGGGGCCAGAGCUGGACCACAUCAACCCAGCCCACACCAUCAGUGCAGCUCUUUGCUAUGCUACCCAGCUCAUCAACAUCCUGUCUCAUAUCCUGGAUGUCAAUCUGCCCAAGAAGUUGUGCAACAGUGAGUUCUGUGGUGACAGCCUGAGCAGGUACAGGUUCACCCGUGCUGUUACCAAGCUCAACACCAACAUCCUUCACCUCUGCUUCUCACAGCAUGUUGAGAGUGAGCUGCUGCACCCUCACCACACCCUGAGGAACAUCAUGUUCCUAGUCUCUCCUGACAACAAGAACCUGGGCAGGACGGGUCCAUACGAGGUGACUGCAGACCUGGAGGACUCCAUGGAGUUUGUGGAGCCGGAGGCGGCCGGCCCUGCGGAGGAGAGCGGAGACGAGAUGGUGACGGACGAGGAGACAGACCUGGGGACAGACUGGGAGACGGUCCCCAGCCCACGCUUCUGUGACAUCCCCUCCCAGCCCAUGGACCUGUCCCAGAGCAUGGCCAUGCAGGUGUCUCAGCCUGUGGGCCAGGCCGGGGGCAUGAUCUCCUCAGCAGCUGCCUCCGUCACCUCCUGGUUCCGGGCCUACACCGGCCAGCGCUGAGGGAGAGAAACCUGGAGGCUCACUGGCCAGGGUUGUAUUCAUUAGUGCAAAAAUAUAUAUGAAUUAACGUUUUGUAAUGUAGAAUUAAAAACUAGGGUUUCUUAUUGGACAAGUUAAUUUAGUCCCUCCUUGUUUUAGUCCAUUUGGUUUCUAAUGAAUACACCCCAGGACAGGCUGGACUGAUGGAGCUAUACAGAAUUCCACAUACCCAAACACAGAGAGAGUUCUGCUCCAUUCUCUGCCUGUAGUCAACUCCUGCCCUGCUCUGUAACCACCAAGAAGGGAUAUUUUGUUUUUACUAGAAAAGUUGUCAUUGAAAUAGCAGCAGUGAUUCUUCUGGUGAAAAAUGUUUAUAGUGAGAAAGACUGACUUUUGGGGAGGUUGUUGUUCAAUGAGUAGUCUCUCUCGCGAAGACUUUGGGUGCUCUGCUCUCCAUCCCAGUGAUUGUGAGAAGACUAUUCAAAAGAGACUGGACCGGCAGUUGCAUUAACUUACGUUGAUUGAAAAUGUCAAGACUAAGGAAUGCCACAGCAUUGCACUGGAUAUGAGACGUACAAAUGUGGCUUCAUUCUAUCCUGUUAUUUUCCUCCUGACAUCUGGACUGUCCUGUGUACCCAUCCUUAUUGUCAGUUCUUAAUGUUUAUUUUUUGGGGGUCAAAAGUAGUGCAUUACACUGAGUGGUGCAGCAUCUCAGUGCUAGAGGCGUCACUACAGACCCUGGUUUGCUUCCAGGCGCCGCCCUAUGAGACUCCCAAUUGGCCCUGUGUAGGCCGUCAUUGUAAACAAGAAUUUGUUCUUAACUGAUUUGCCUGGUUAAAGGUUAAAUAAAUCAAAACAUAGGGAAUUAGAGUGCCAUUUGGGAUGCAGUUGAUGACCUUCAUGCUGCAUUACUACAAAAUGGUUCAUGUAAGGAUUGUUUGAAUACUGACAAAUGCCAAACAAGGGGCAUGACCUUAGUGUUCUUCUCAGAAUUAUGACACACUUUGUUUUACUUCAAUUGCUGUUUACUUAUUGGUCAGGUUUGUGUGAUGGAAGCAGAAUGGGACAAAGAACCCCACUGAAGCUGUACAACUUUGUACUUUUUCUGGGGGGGGGGGGGUUGGUUGGUUAUGUGACCUAGUGUUAUCUUGUUUUCCUUUUUAUUUAGGGCUCUAUUCAAUCCAUUUUGUGGAAAUUUGGCACCACAGCCCAAUAUAAAUUUUAAAGGCAAUGUUCUAGCAUUGGCGGAGACUACAUCCAUGGUAAAUGCUUCAUAUGUUGGCUCAUUCAGAAAUUACUUUUAAAUAAUUUAUAUUGUGAACUCUGUAUCGCUGCAUUUGAUAUGGUUUGAAUGGAGCCCUUAAUCUUUUUAUAGUAACGUGGGUGCCUGAACUGUUUGUGUGGGUCUGUUCUUCUACAGGUAUGACAUAUAGGUGGCAUAAAUGAGAAGGAUAUAAAGGGACACAUCUUUGGCUUACUUCAUUUGUACACUGAACAAAAAUAAAUGCAACAUGUAAUGUGUUGGUUUCAUGAGCUGAAAUAAAAGAUCCCAGAAAUGUUA